AUGACCAAAUUGUGUGCUUACGAUGGCCUCCUUGACGGUGUUGGCAGAACUUUUGGGAAUCUACCCAGCCAAUUGUCGAAUUGUGGAGAUCACGAAUACUAUGGCACAGGACACAGGACUAUGUACGUUCGACAAGGUCUCCUUGACGCUUCGACAAAGUUGCGAAAACAAGGUCGAACUAACACUAGAAAGCUAAAAGAGGCUACAAUUAAACAGAAGGCCACCAUCUUGGUCUUCAUAGCUACAAUAGUAUUUGUCCUGCAAUGGAUCAGUCAAUGUGAGGACAUCCUACGCCAAACAGCUGUGAUUCCAGCAAGUUUGGCAGAAGCUGAGGCUUUGCAAAUCGAUCAUGAAAAAUUUCAGCCUGUGCUUAACGAUGCCCAUCCACAGGCCGUAGAAUGUGCUGCUAGGGCCUCCUAUCUGCUGCAGCAGGCUAGUCAUGUUGGACACCAUUUACCAGCCACUUCACAAGCACUAACACAACCUGUUGACGGACAGUUGCCACCCUCACAUCCACACAGACAAGAUUUUCAGAAUGUAGCUGAGCAAGUUGCCAACCGAUGGCAAAAGUUGGUUUAUGCCGCCGAGGAGAAACAUAAGCUGCUGAUUGCUGCCACAAAUUGGUGGGUGAAGCUGCUCAUGAGAGGAAUGUUUAAAAUAUGA